GGGGCGGUGCGAAUGACGUCAUAGUAGCGGAAAUAUUUUCCCUGACAACUGGUGGUGGUAUCUGCUUUACUUUUAAGAGCUAUUUGCUGCUUCAUUAGUUUCACCUCGUUGUGUGUUCAUAGCCAAACAUAAGCGCAGCGUUCUACCGAGCAAUACAAUGAGCUGGGCGCUCGACGAACAUCAAAUCUGCCACAUUUGUGCAAACUUCUGUCGCGUUCACGGCUAGCCGGUUAGCUAACGUCAAAGUAUUAACCUCGUGUUCCGUUUAUCUGUAUGCUUUCAUUGUUCCAGAUAAUUUGCUCGUAUUCCUUCAUGCCAGCGGUUACAGUCUAGUGACAUUUUUAAGGCGGCAAGUCACCCAAGAAAUAACCACUCCUAUAACCCAGGAUGUAAGAAUUGGGAGUUGACACUCACCCUAGUUGUACUUUCCCUGAAGCUCUUGGCUGACGGCGACAUACUUGUCUCACUCCCAGCAUGAAGUCCCUGGCGUCCAGAUUGUCACUCUGCGUAGGUUUUACGGUGGGAUUCGUUAUGCUUUACCUGUUUCUACGGGAAGUAGGCUACGACAAGACUUUUUCUGUGCAACCAGUCCGAAAAUUGGUUGAACACCACGACCACCAAGAUGAACAGAGGUGGAAGAAAGAGAGAUUUGCCCUCUUCAAUCUCAAACACCCUCAUCAUACAGAUGAGGACAGCAGAAUGGCAGAUGAGCUUUACAAAAAAGUACGUGUUCUCUGCUGGGUGAUGACUGGACCCAAUAACUUGGCGACAAAGGCUCGCUACGUGAAGGACACAUGGAGUCGGCAUUGCAACAUUGUCAUCUUUAUGAGCUCUGUGGACGAUCCAAACUUCCCAACUGUGGGCUUGGACACAAAAGAGGGCCGCGAUCAGCUUUACUGGAAAACCAUCAGAGCUUUCCAAUACGUCUACGAGCAUCAUGGAAAUGAAGCCGACUGGUUCCUAAAGGCCGACGACGACACCUUCGUAAUGGUGGACAAUCUGCGUUGGGUCCUUGCAAACCAUACCCCAGAAGAACCCAUUUAUUUCGGUCGAAGAUUCAAGCCCUUUGCUAAGCAGGGCUACAUGAGCGGUGGUGCGGGCUACGUGCUGAGUAAAGAGGCUCUGCGACGAUAUGUGAAAGCAUUUGAAAAAAAAGAGUGUGCUCACACCAGCUCGGUGGAGGACCUAGCAAUUGGCCAGUGCUUGGAGAAAAUUGGGGUGCUGGCAGGAGACUCCAGAGACACUGUCCAACGGGAAACAUUUCAUCCCUUUGUCCCUGAGCAGCAUCUCACUGCUGUUUUUCCCAAGAGCUUCUGGUAUUGGAGUUAUUGCUACUACCCAAUCUCACAGGGUCCAAACUGCUGCUCGGACAUGUCUGUGUCCUUCCACUAUAUGUACGACAGCAACAUGUAUUUACUGGAGUACUACACUUAUCACUUGCGUGCCUUUGGCUACAGAUACCGUUACCAGCCUCCGGCCCCACUCGGCUACUCCUAUGAGUCGUUAAAAUCCAAGGAUGCUGCUGCUGCUCCUGAAGAAAAGAGCAAUGAUUUUUCUCAGGAAAAGGGAGAAAAAGAAACUGCACUUAGUGGAAAGAAAUCAGGUGAUUCUCUACCUUCAGCAGCCAAACAACAGUAAGAUGAUGUAAGGUGUGAGAAACGAUUGGUUUAUGAAGAAUUUGUUGUCACAUAUUUUAAUAGUCUUGAUCGUCUAUUCCUGCAUUGUCUAGUUUUUCAAGUCAUGCUAUGCAGACUAAUUCAGCUGCAUUCUGUGAAAGCACCUUUUAUAUUCCUGUCUACCAGCUAGAGAUGUGCUAUUGUUCAAAAUAUUUAAGUUGACAAACCAGGUUGGACUUGAUUCUCACAUUCAUUUUUAUCGCUGCCCCACGCCUUGAACUAACCAAACAACUGUUCUGUGAACUGCAGCAGGUGUCAUUUGAAAUGAAUGUGCUACCAUUGUUGGCACAUUUAAUCAUAUUGUAUUCAGCUGUUUCUAAAUAGGGAUGGGCCUUUGAAUAUAUCUUCUUGAGCAAACAAUCCGGAAAGUUAAUGAACAAUUCUUGAGUUUGUAGAUGACUGAAAUGUGCAACUCCUAUCCAUGAAAUGACCGUGCUCGACUAAACAAAGUGCGAGGGAAACAGAACAAAGACAAAGCAAAAUUUUCACAUUUGAAUGCACAAGCCAGCAGUAACAAGAUGAUGAUGUUGACUGAUUCUUGACUAUAAAAAUGAGAGUACCCUUGUUUCAGUGAGACCAUCAGCAGCGAAUGGAAGCUGAGACGGUGUAUUAAACUUUUGGAAAAGUGAGAACAGACUGUAUAAAACCUUGAUUUAAAAAGACAUCUCUUCAUAAUAAAGACCAUGUAAAGUGAAAAUGAAAUGAGGGGCUUCAUGUUGGCGUGGCCACUUUUGAGCAUCUGCAUAUAGCAGAGAGGAAAAGCCCCAUGACAACCCGGAGAGACAUCUUUGAGUAGUGUUGUUCUGAUACCAUGUGCAGCAUUAGCCUAUGCAGAUACUUUACCGAUACCACACAGUAAAAAACAACAACAACAAAAAAAAAUCUGUUUAGCAUAUUUGAUACCGCCAUACUGCUUAAAAACCUUUGUUAAACAAGGAAGAAAAAUGAUACAUACAGAAAUAAUCCAGUAUAACUUUUUUUAUUGCCUACCUUAUAUGGGUGAGAGUAAGUGAAUAAACUAAAACUUGAGUUAAAUGGCUCUUAAAGGACCAAAGAGCAACAUCUACGUAUGUGAUUACAAUAUGUAUAAUAUUGCAACAAAAAAAAUGAGAAAUAUGGAGGUAUAUUUGAGAAAGCACAUGACAUAACUGGCAGUAGCCGCCGCCUCAAACAUUUUGUGUUCAGGUUUUGUUCUCAAAUGUUUUAUGAGGUUUGAGGUAUUGAAACUGGCGUUUUUAUUUCCAUCUGUCGUGACAUUUAGUCUGCAAAGUGGGCCACUUUUGGUAAUGUAAGUGUAAUUCUAUUUUUGUUUUUAAGCAUAAAAAGAGAAGCUGGAGGAUUUAUCAUUUAUUUUUCCAGGUCUUGACAAUUUUUUAAAGGUUUAAAUCGCCAAUAUCUCAAUCAUAUUGAUUCUUUGGACGUGAUACUAUAUUCUCUGUAUAACCGAUUCAGUAUGUACCCCACCUACUGCCCAUAGUUAGCUAGGAUAGGCUCUCGCACCACAGUGGCUCUUGUGAGAUUAAGUGAUUUGAAGAUGAACGAAUUAAUGAAUCGAGGACCUUGGAUCAAUUUAAUAUCAUAUGUACACAUUAAACACGAUCAGCAAAAAUACGAAAGCAAUUUUGACGUUUUUGAUCAUUUUAUUGGUCAAACAACAGACAUUUGAAUGAAAAUAAUUCUUUUUAACAAAGCAGCAUAUCUACAGGAUUACAAUAUUCGACGUUUUGGUUAACCAAAGAAUUACAUCCAUUCAAUUGUGUAGGGCACAGGUCUCAAACCGGUCCUCAAAGGGCCGCAGGGGGUACUGGAUUUCAUUCCAACCAAACGAGACAAAUACCUUUUCACCAAUCUGGUUUCUUACAAGUGUAAUCAGUUGAUUGCAAUCAGGUGCUGCUUAUGUUAGUAGAAACCUCAUUGGUUGAACUGUUUGUGCUGGAUCUGUUGGAACAAAAACCAGGACCCACUGCGGCCCUUUGUGGAGUCGGUUUGAGACCGCUGGUGUAGGGUGUGGUUUACAAAGUACAUUAAGCAGACACACUUGCACUGUUUGACAAUGGAGAGAAUGUACGAACGUUUUUUUUUUUUUUUUUUUUUUUUUAAACACUUUCCUCUCCGGUUUGUCACGUUUCAAACAUAUUUUCACUUUACACGGACUUUAAAAUUAUUUAGCUUCCUUGGGCAGUACUGGUGUUGGGGUCCAUCCCUGAAUAAGUCCUGUUUCUUCAACGGCUCUGAUACUACCUCCUCAGGCAGGAAAGUGCCAGAUUGGCUGCGUGCCCCUUAUGCUUUGUGGACAUGACAGUAGAUAUAAGAUGUAGCUAUGACAUAAACGUUUUUAAUGAUCUCAACAAAUCGAUGUGUUAUAGACACCUCAAGAUGCACUAUGUUUGAGAUGUGUCAAGCUUCCAUUCAGACUACAAAGACUGACAACAACUAAACAUCUGUUGUUUGAUCAGGAGUAGUAAAUGUUCUUGGUCAACUGUACACUUUAAGGAUGCAGAUCCGUCUCUGGGGGUCAUGUCACAUGCUUGGCUGGCAUUACUUGUGGAAAAGGAGAACUCGAAAGGAGUGCAUUUGCAGUGUAAUGUCACCUUGAUGAUACUGGCGAAUGAAUUUAAGCCUUCCCAUAAUGAGCACGGUCUUAGCAUGCCAGUGAUUCACUUCCAUUUAAAUGAGGACGUUUUGCUGCAAUGUUGAUUAAUGAUGUGCGUGAUGGCUUUUUUUCUUUUUUUUUUUUUUUUUUUUUUUUGAUUGCUCGUGCAAUUUAAACUGUCAAACCGGACAUGAUUCUGCGGACAGUAAAGUUGCAGGUGCUGUUUAAAAACAAAAUAUAAUUUGUCAUGUAUUUUUCCAAAAAGAGCCCCCUCUGAAUGUAUGUAUUCUGGAGUCUAACUUAGCUAUUUUACUCAAAUUGAUUGAUGUGUGAUUACCUAUUAAAAUGCCUUAGGGAACUUUACCUGCACAGCCUCUGUCCAAGAUCACACAAGUUUUUCACUUUAGUUUUCUGUGUAUGAUGAGUGCAUUACAAGUUUUGAACAUGGUGGAUUUUUUGUAACGUCUUCAUUAUAGGCAAUCUGCAGACGUGUUUUGUAUUCAUCUUGUAAAGGAGCAACAUUUUGUAAAGGUACUUUGAUUUGGAAAUUUUUUUUUUUUUUUUUGCUGUAGAAAAGCUUAUGAUUGAUAAAAGUGUGAUUAGCAGGAGCAUUUGAACAAUUACAGGCACCAAUUUGGGGGGGCUAAUUUACUUGGAUGACUUCAAAUGUGCAGAUAGUCAGCAGCCUUUUACUGUGUGUCACAUUCCAUCAUUUCUCAAGUACAAUAUCUGCACCUUUCUGAGCCAGUUCCAUACAGAUACAAGCAUUUGGUUCUUCUUUUACCGUCAAAUUUAUUUUUGUUUUCUUGACAAUCGGCUCCCAAUAACAAAUGUUCUUAAGGUGUACAGUGACCUAUUUAUGUUUGCAAUGUAUUUAUGAUCAUUUUCAAAUGAGUAUUUUAUAAAGCGAGUGUGUGGUCAGACUGUUUUGUGUGACUGCUACCUUAAUCACUAUAAAUAAAGAAUAUUUUAUUGUACAU